GGCGGAAAACUUCCAUCACACAGGAUGAGCACAGCCUGAGUCUCCACAAACCACUUGAGGAUGUGCUCCCUCUGUUGUUUUCUGUCCAUGAUCACAAUGGCUGUGUUCAAGCAGCAGCUGGUCGAGACUUUCUUUGAGAUUGGAGAGGAAGUUGGGAGUGGGCAGUUUGCAAUUGUUAAGCAGUGUCGUGAAAAGAGUUCAGGCCGGGAUUUUGCUGCCAAGUUCAUAAAGAAGCGUCAGAGUAUUGCUAGCCGGCGAGGUGUGCUCCGAGAAGAGAUUGAGCGAGAGGUCAACAUCCUACAGCAGAUACACCAUCCCAAUAUUGUCAUGUUACAUGACGUGUUUGAGAACAAGACAGAUGUGGUGUUGAUUUUGGAGCUGGUGUCUGGAGGAGAGCUUUUCGACUUUCUAGCAGAGAAAGAGUCUUUAAGUGAGGAGGGAGCCACACAGUUUAUUAAACAGAUUCUAGAGGGCGUGCACUAUUUGCACACAAGGAAUAUUGCUCAUUUUGACCUGAAGCCUGAAAACAUCAUGCUUCUGGAUAAGAACGCCCCACUGCCCCGAAUCAAACUCAUUGAUUUUGGCUUGGCCCACAAGAUUGCUGAAGGGGUUGAAUUUAAAAACAUCUUCGGAACACCAGAGUUUGUUGCUCCAGAGAUUGUGAAUUAUGAACCACUGGGACUGGAAGCAGAUAUGUGGAGUGUUGGUGUUAUAACAUAUAUUCUGUUGAGUGGGGCAUCUCCUUUCCUAGGAGAAACGAAGCAAGACACUCUGGGAAACAUCUCAGCCAUGAACUAUGAGUUUGAUGAUGAAUUCUUUGGCCACACCAGUGAGCUUGCCAAGAAUUUUAUACGACAACUGCUGGAAAAGGACACCAAAAAGAGACUCACAAUUCAAGAUGCCUUGAAUCACCCCUGGAUUAAGUCUAACGAGCAUAAAGAAGAAUGCAGUAAAGCACCAGAGAGGAAGAGAGAGCGUAGGCAGCUGAAGACAAAGCGUCUCAAAGAGUAUACAAUCAAGUCCCACUCCAGCAUGCCUCCUAACAACACCUACAUCAACUUUGAACGCUUCGCACAGGUGGAGGAGGACGUGUCGGCCAUGGAGGGCUCUUUCUGCCAGCUGGCGUCAGCUCAUGACUCCCUGCAGGAAGACAUUGACACACUAGUGUCCAUCUACAAUGAGAAAGAGAUGUGGUACAAAGAAGAAAGCGAAAGCAUCAGACACGAGUUGUCCCAGCUCCGUUAUGAGUUUCGUAAGGUCGAGGCCCAGAGGCGGGGUGUUCACGAAGACAUGAGGAGUGUGGAUGCCAGCAUUAGCCGAGUGAGCGAGCGAUAUAAGGAGAGGCAGACUCGUUAUGAGGCCUUGCAAAAGGAGCUGUGUGCCGAGCUGCAGUGGGUACAGGAAGUGGUGGGUUCAUUCCAGGUCACCUUCCCAAACUGUAGCUUUAGCAGCGUGUUUAAUACUGAUGUCAAUGAAGCACUGAAAGAGUUGCUGAAUAGAUCCUGUGGAGGAGACCUGCUGACGGACAGCAAUCUGGACCAGCAGAGAUGACACAUUAAUAACCCGCCACCCACUGAUCACACAUCGUUAUAUUAACAUGGGCGAGUUAAAUGUGCUGAAGAUAAUGUGCUGGGGAAUAUAUACCUGAAUAAAAGCAGUUAUGGUCAGUGGUCAC